AUGUAUGGAAGAGAUCCAAGACUUCCUAUAGACGUCUCCCUAACGAAAACACAAGAGACUUAUUGUAACACUGAAGAUUAUCGUGGAGUAAUUGCAGGUAGAUUCUUAGACGCACGGAAACUUACACGCGACAAUAUAGAACUAGCCCAACAGAGACAGAAAAGCCAAUAUGAUAAAACUGCCAAAGACGUAACGUACGAUAUAGGACAACAGGUUUGGUUAUACACCCCGAAUAACAGAAAGGGUCUCUCCUCUAAACUAACUCACAAUUGGCACGGCCCAUAUCGUAUACUGGCCAAGAAAUCUCCAGGAAACUAUCUCCUCGGUGCUAACGAAGAGCGUAAUUAUAUCCAAACCGUUCACGUAAACCGCCUUAUGCCAUUUAUUUCAGCAGAUGAUAGGCCUAAUCUAGAUUCUCCCCAAAUAUUGACAAUUGCAACCAGGAGGAGGAAUCUGCUUGUUUGGAUGAUGAGAGCGACACAGAUCCAGCUGAACUAG